AUGGAGCCUGGAAACAUUAAAAAGAAGCAGACAACUCAAGACGCGCACCCCGACUACGAAUCCGCGCAAUCUCCACCCAACACUGCACAUUUCUUCUUCCUCCGCACCAGACACAUCAGUGUUGAGAUUAAACUUCCAAACACCAUGGCACGACUCACCAGACGCAUCAGCCGCUACUUUUCGCUCUCGCGGCGCAACUCACAACCUGCGCCGCUCCCCAAGAUCAGCAAAGCGCAAAUCUCGCACCCCAUUCUCUCCCCCGAGGACUCGCGCUCGCUCUUCACAUCCUGCCACCCGGCCCACGCCCCCUCGAAAUCAACCCACACAAUCUCCGACGCCGAGCUGCGCGCCCUCGAGCAGGAGAAGCUCUCGCGCCGCCUGGACGCCGCCAUCGACGACAUCCUCGCACACUACUCGACCAGCACGCCGCGGCGCGCUCCCGCGCCACCUCACAGACCCGCACACAAGCAGUCGACUUCUGUCUCGGCUUCGACGCCUCAGCCGCAACCAAACGUGCAAGCGCGCGAGCAAAUGCCUACCGCGAGUCCAACGCCUUCUUCGUCCUCGGUGUAUAGUUCUCCGCCGCCGACGCCCGCGCUCAGUGCCAAACUGGAGGUGUUCAGGGAUACGCCGCCGCCGGCGCCGGGGUGGGAUAAAGUGUGUUUUGGGCGGCGGACGAGGCUUUUUGGGCCGGAGGGUGACGGCCCCAAGUUCCUAGAGACGAAGUGCUCGCCAAAAUGCCGCCAAGACCUUGACGAAGCGGACCUCCUUCGACUGUCUCUGAACCAACCCGCAGCCUCGUGGUUCCGCGUCAAGAUUCGUCCCCCUGUCAGCAAUACGUUGCCGGAAGAUGCACACGUAGAUGCAGCGUAUGACCUAGGUGUUGUGCACCUCAAUCUUGCACCAGACGACCCCCAGCUUCUACAGCACCAGAACCGCCGCGAACGAGUUCGGACAAAGUAUGCUAAGAUACAUACUACAUACAACAUUGUUAAGCAGAAGGCAGCGAGGUUUGGAGGGACUCUGUUCAACUCCAUCACUGCUACAGAAUUCACCCGGCCUGGAAAUCUGUUACGUGUCAUCGAAGUGCACCACCUCACCAUCAACCCGGAUGCAAGCUCUCAAAUUUCACAUGGCUUGACCGAAUCAAAGAUUGACAAAAUGAUAUCUGCGGAGAGGACAAACAAGUUUGGACCGAAGUCGUGGCUUCGCAAGGCUGUGCUCGGAAAGGCCUACAGCAUCAAGAUUCAAACCCUCAAAAACAAUUACACUCUUAUGGCUCGCUACCAUGAGAUUGCACCACCAGACGCCGAGACGCAAGCAGAAGCCGAUCAACGUCGCGCACACGAAGAUGUGUUUCGACAGGCGUUAAGGCAGUUAGACGAACAGUGGCAGCGUACCUACCUCGACCACCGCAACAACGCUGCCCUCAAGAAGGCCGAGAAGAUCAACACGGCGGAAGGGGAGGAGUGGUCCCGCAGAUAUAACCACUGGGGGUUAACGAGAAUGAAUCCUCCGCAGUGCCAGAUGGACGCAAAUACGUUUGUCACCCACGCCAACAUCUUGGCAUCAAUCCAAAACCCACUUUGUUUCAUCUCUGGUGAAGUGAGGUCAGCAAUCUGGAUUCGAGAGUUGUACAGCAAGACCGCUCUCACCACGUUCUUGUGGGGCUCGGGCAACGUUGCCGACAUCCAGAAGGUCGCCAACAGCCCCAAGUACACCACCAUGUGGCGCAAUUACUUUGGCGUCAUGUGCGACAAGAUCUACCGCAGCGUGGUGGUGCACGAGUACAGCACCAUGUGGGCUACUAUUCACUGCGAGAGUCAGCACAUUCGACACAGCAUUGCUUCCCUGUGCGAGCCUACCGAGAAGAGCGCCUUUGACGGCAUUGGCGGCCGAAUGGACAUGCUUUUCGCUGAGUUUGGAUUUGACGAUGAAGCAAAGUGGGGCACUUGGAAAGAUGUGCCUAUUCUUCGGCGAUCUCUGCGCAAACAGAAGCGCAAGGUUCAAGAGUUGACUUCGAGUGCCGCUACGUGGGAAACAAGGCUUACUGGUACGAUACCAGGGCCUAAGCCCAAACUUCAGGCGGUUGCCACCUGGAAAUCGCGCCCAAAGGCAGAAAACUAA